GCAAAUGACGUCAGUUUGAUGAAAUUUCAAUGGAGGUGUUGGUUCACUCGCUAACUAAUUAGAUGGAAUCUGUAUCCGUGAAGAAAUAGUAAUUGUGAAAAAAACUUAUUUAAUGGUGCUAAUCUAUGAAUGAUUUUAUUCUUCACAAAAUGAUCAGUGAGCCCUACAUGCGUCCGAUAGUGAGCGGACGUUUGGCACAUCUGGCAGUCAGAAGUUGACUGUAGCGAUGAGUGCGAGCACACCUGCCAACAACACUGACAGCUGAAGCAGAAUCGCGCCACCAUGGAUCCUGAGGAGCCGCCUCAGCAGUCGGCCAAUACCGGCUUCUAUCAGCUCAGUGUUACUAUUGAGUGUGCCCAUCUAAAGCAUAGCGGCAGUAUAUGGAAGCCAAACCCCUACGUGGAACUGCUAGUAGAUGAUAGUAAUCCUAGGAAGACGGAAGUCUUGAAAUGUACAUACAUACCAAAGUGGAAGGAAGAGUUCACCGUCCUGGUGACACCCUACUCCACCCUACACUACCGCCUAUUGGACCAUUCGACGUUCCGCAAGGACAACGUAUUCGGCGAGAAGCGUGUGUCGAUGUUCGACGUGCUGCUGCCGUUCAACGGCCGCUGCAGCAACCUGGAGCUGACGUUGGAUCUGAUGAGCGAGCCUAAGCUGGACUCGGCCGGACUGCCGUGCGGCCAGCCGGUCAAAGUCGGCGAGCUCAUCACACUGCUGCACGGCCUCAAGGUCGACAUGACGGCGCUCGUCUAUGCCAGGCGCAUCGAUAGAGCACCUCUAAACCCAGCCGCUACAGCAGCUCUAACAGCUGACAACGGCAACAGCAGCCCCUCCCCUUCCCCGGCUGUCCCCGCCAUCGCUUCCUCCGCGGCCAACACGUGCAGUGUGCUGCGGGGUGGUGUACGUGCGCGUGUGCGACCGGCCAAUAGCGGCGCAGAAGUGCCGGCGGUGGUGUCCAAUGGCAGCGCGGGGGCGGGGCCUCAGCCGCAGCUGCCGGCCAAUGGCAGCGCGACGUCGGCCGAGCAGGUGACCAAUGGCGGUGCGGCUGCGCCCGCCGGUGCUGCGAUGGAGGACCCUCUGCCGUCUGGUUGGGAGAUGCGCUACGACGAGUACGGUCGCCGCUACUACGUGGACCACAACACGCGGUCGACGUCGUGGGAGCGACCGCAGGCGCUGCCCGGCGGCUGGGAGAUGCGACGCGACCCGCGCGGCCGCAUCUACUAUGUGGACCACAACACGCGAACCACCACCUGGCAGCGGCCCAACUCGGAGCGACUGCAGCACUACCAGCAGUGGCAGGGCGAGCGCGCGCACGUCAUGACGCAGGGCAACCAGCGAUUCCUCUAUCCGCAUCAGCAACAAGCGAACGCGGCUGCUGCAGCAGCGGCUGCCGUUGCUGGAGCAUCGACGAGUGGAGGAGCGGCUGCAGUCACGGCAUCAGUUGACGCGGUCCCGGUGACGUCACCGCCGCCUGCCGGGCCUGCAGUGGCCGGCGCCAGUGCUGCUGCGGUCACGGCAGCCGCGGCCGAAGACGAAGACGCGCUGCUGGGGCCGCUGCCUAGCGGCUGGGAGAAGCGUGUUCAGCCUGAAGGUCGCGUGUACUUUGUGAACCACAAGAACCGCACAACGCAGUGGGAGGACCCGCGCACCCAGGGCCAGGAGCGUGAGUGGGUGGGUGCGGGCGUGGACGAGCCCCAACUGCCGCCCGGCUGGGAGAUUCGGCUCACGGAGGACGGAGUGCGCUACUUUGUCGACCACAACACAAGGACCACCACCUUCCAGGACCCGCGGCCCGGUGCACCCAAGGGGCCGAAAGGCGUGUACGGCGUGCCGCGUGCCUACGAGCGCUCGUUCCGCUGGAAGUUGUCGCAGUUCCGCUACCUGUGCCAGUCCAACGUGCUACCAUCCCACAUCAAGAUCACAGUCGCCCGCCAGUCGCUGUUCGAGGACAGCUAUCACCAGAUCAUGCGGCUGCCCGCCUACGAGCUAAGGCGCAGGCUCUAUAUCAUAUUCAGAGGCGAGGAGGGGCUCGAUUAUGGCGGUGUGUCUAGAGAAUGGUUUUUCCUGCUAUCGCACGAGGUGCUGAACCCGAUGUAUUGCCUGUUUGAGUACGCCAACAAGAACAACUACAGUCUGCAAAUCAACCCGGCCUCCUACGUCAAUCCCGAUCAUCUGCUCUAUUUCAAGUUCAUCGGCCGUUUCAUUGCAAUGGCGCUCUACCACGGUCGCUUCAUCUAUUCAGGCUUCACGAUGCCCUUCUACAAGCGCAUGCUGAACAAAAAACUGACGAUGAAGGACAUCGAAUCGAUCGAUCCGGAGUUCUACAAUUCGCUCGUCUGGAUCCGCGACAACAACAUUGACGAGUGCGGUCUCGAACUAUUCUUCAGCGUCGACUUUGAAAUUCUUGGACAGGUGAUACAUCACGAGCUGCGUGAGGGUGGCGACAAGGUUCGAGUAGCAGAAGACAACAAGGACGAUUACCUCAGACUGAUGACAGAAUGGCGCAUGACCCGGGGCAUCGAGGAGCAGACGAAGGCGUUCUUGGACGGCUUCAACGAGGUGGUGCCUCUCGAGUGGCUCAAGUACUUUGACGAGCGCGAACUGGAGCUCAUGCUUUGUGGCAUGCAGGAAAUAGACGUCGACGAUUGGCAGCGCAACACCAUCUACCGCCACUAUACGCGCAACAGCAAACAGGUUGUGUGGUUCUGGCAGUUUGUGCGGCAGACGGACUCUGAGAAGCGGGCCCGUCUUCUGCAGUUUGUGACGGGCACUUGUCGGGUACCCGUCGGCGGGUUUGCUGAGCUCAUGGGAAGCAACGGUCCGCAACGGUUCUGCAUAGAAAAGGUGGGCAAAGAGACAUGGCUGCCUCGGUCGCACACUUGCUUCAACCGACUCGACCUGCCGCCCUACAAGAGCUACGACCAGAUGGUCGAGAAGCUCAACUACGCCAUUGAGGAGACUGAGGGCUUCGGACAGGAGUGAGUCAGUUAUCUUCCCCUCCAAUCUGUGAUUACAACAGCAUCAUCUCUGCAAAAACAGGCCACAGAGUGCGCAACAACCGAAAUAUUCCGUGCUAACAUCAGGGAAAUUUGGUGCAAGUGAGUCUCCUCCCGCAAUCUGUGAUUACAACAGCAUCAUCUCUGCAACCACAGAGUGCGCAACAACCGAAAUAUUUCGUGCUAACAUCAGGGAAAUUUGGUGCAAGUGAGUCUCCUCCCACAAUCUUUGAUUACUACAGCAUCAUCUCUGCAAAAACAGAUCACAUGCAACAACUAAAAUAGUUUCUACUAACAUCAUGGAGACUGAGUCAAUCUGAGCCCCUCAAUCUGUGAUCAGCCGCAAACAGCCUAUAUAGCUUGUACAAACAUCAAGGACUGUAGGAUCAAGGCUUCAGAUCAGUGAGUCAGUCAACCUCCCUGCCAAUCUGUGAUUACAACAGCAUAAUCUUUGCAUAAACAGCCCACAGUGCUCAACUUAGUAGUUUGUGCAUACAUCAGGGAAAGCUGGUGCAACCAAUGUGAAAGUUUGCGCAAACAUUUGAAAAGGUUUGUGUAAACAUUCAAAAAAGUUUGUACAAACAAAUGGGAAAGGUGUGUACAAAGAAUAGGAAAAGGUUUCAGCAAACGUUUUACAAGUAUGCGAAAACAACUGAAAUAGUUUUUGCAAACAUCAGGGAGAGUUUGUGCUAACAUUUGAAAAGGUUUGGGCAUGCAUAUGAAAAAGUUUGUACAAGCAUUGGAGAAGAUUUGUGCGAACAAUAGAAAAAAGUUUGUGAAAUGUUGUACAAAUAUGCGAAAACACCAAGAAAAGUUUGUGCAAACGAUGCAUAAGUCUGUGAAUACAUUAGAUAAAAUUUGUGUAAACGUAGCGGAAAUCUGUGAAUACAUUACAUAAAGUUUCUGCAAACAUUGCGAAGUCUGUGAAUAAAUUAGAUAAAAUUUGUGCAAACUUAGCGGGGAAGUCUGUGAAAACAUUACCUACAUAGAGUUUGUGCGAACAAUUGUGUUGAACACAGAGAUACACACUCACCUCUUUUAACAUAAAUUGUGAUGACGAUUUAUUUUGUAUAUUAUGUAUAAAACCAUGAACCUCAUCUCUUGAUUAUCAUUGUUGUUGUUAUCGUUGAAAUUAAGGGUGCUUGAUUUACUUAUCUGUAAUUUGGAGGCCAACACCCCGUUUCUCGAAAGUAGAUUGAAUGUUUCGGUUUAGACACGAAAGUAGAUGAAAUUUGACGGUUUUGGCUCGAAAGUAAUUAAUUUUGCCGGUUUUGGCUCGAAGAUAAAUCAAAAAUUGCCACAAGUUCUCUGGAUUGAGCCAUGAG